CAAAGACCAGUGUGAAAUGAAACCACUUCCUGUGUAGACUUAACACUAGAACAUGCUAAAAAACAUUUCAAAUACCACACCUCAUCUGUGUAGACGUACUGAUCAACACAGUGGAUAAUGGAUUUAGAGACUAUUUAUGAAAAUGUUAAACGCAGAGAUAUUGAGAGCACAACUGGACCUCAAACUCAGAGUCACGGCCAGUAUGAAGGAAAAGAUCUAAAGCGCAGAGGAAGUAGAUGUUUGGUGUUGAUCACAGUGGGUCUCGGGCUCAUUUGUGUUCUUCUGCUGGUCUUCAUCAUACUGCUGCACAUCACCAUCACAGCAGAGAGAGACCUGAUAAAGAGUUACAAGAACACAGUUGAAGAGUUCAAUCAAACCAUCAACAGCUUACAGGACAAUUACACUGAUCUAAUGACUGAAAAACACCAACUGCAGAACAACUUCAACUCUUUGAAUAAGAAGAAACUGGAGUUAGAAAGCAAAGUCACUUCUCUAAGUGAGGAAGCAAAGAAAGAAUCAUCUAAACAACAUCAGUAUACAUAUGUUUUUAUGUUGUUGUUUCGUUUUAUCUUUGAUGCACACGGUUUUAUAAAGUGCAUGUUUCUGUGUGGUUCAGGUAGGUUCUUCAUAUCCACUGAGUUGAAGAGCUGGUCUGACAGCAGACAGUACUGCAGGGAUCGUGGAGCUGAUCUGCUCAUUAUCAACACUGAAGAGAAGCAGAGGUUCAUAUCUUCAUUAGUCAGUGAGAGAGUGUGGAUCGGUUUGUCUGACAGAGAGCAGGAGGGCAUCAUGAAAUGGGUGGAUAAUUCACCACUGAAACAAGGGUUUUGGCUCAAAGGUGAGCCAAACAACACUGACAAUGAGGACUGUAUUGAACUGAAUUAUAAUAGAGAGAAGCCGGGAUGGUCACCGCUGACUAGCUGGAAUGAUUGUUCAUGCUCUGAGAAGAUAAAGGGGAUUUGUGAGAAAUAGGUUUCAUCCUGUCUUGUGGUUUUGCUUUUAUUAUCUAAUAUAAUCAUUCUUAUUGUAAACACAUGAGUUCUGAUUAAGGUUCCUGCCUUUAAAAAAAAAUA